UUCCCUCCAUAAAACACAUUACUUCAUAUUUUCAAUAUAUCACCACGAUGCGCAAAUGUGCCAUUGGAAGUUUAUUGACUUAUUUUUAAUGAAGCCAGACUGAUAAUUUGACGGCAGUGUAUGUAAUGUAGGAUGUGUUUUUAUUCCAGACAGUGGAGAGGUAUUGGUGGGAUCAGUGGCGCGCAGCACGGUGACGUUGCGCAUGUAGGCAGGGAGCAGCCUGCAGAUGUAUGAGCUCAGUCCAACCAAGAGAGACCCGUCCUCAGCCUGAGCUUCAUGUGGAGGACAUGCGUCCUUUAUAUCAACACGUAACUUUUCUGCUUCAAUUAAAUAAAAAGAUGGAGCUACAGGUGGAAAACCAAAGUCAGCUGUUCAACACCAACACCGCGAGGCUGCCGGCUAAACUCAUCCUGGGUAUGGGUGUAGAUAACUUUAUUUCUCUUCUGAUAUUCGGGCUGAUUUUCAUCCUCGGGGUGCUUGGGAACACCAUGGUGAUCACGGUGUUGGCGCGCAGUAAACCGGGUCAACCGAGGAGCACCACCAACAUCUUCAUCCUCAACCUGAGCGUGGCGGACCUCUCCUACCUCCUCUUCUGCGUCCCCUUCCAGUCCACCAUCUACAUGCUGCCCACAUGGGUGCUGGGAGCGUUCAUCUGCAAGUUCAUCCACUACUUCUUCACCGUGUCCAUGCUGGUCAGCAUUUUCACUCUGUCGGCCAUGUCCGUGGACCGGUACGUGGCCAUCGUGCACGCCAGGAGGUCCUCGUCGAUCCGGGUGGGGAAGCACGCCAUGCUCGGGGUGGUGCUGAUCUGGAUCCUGUCCCUGGUCAUGGCAGCUCCCGUGGCGCACUACCAGAGCAUCGUGGAGCGGGAGGACAACAACACUUUCUGCUGGGAGGUCUGGCCGGAUCACCAGAGGAAAGUCUACGUGAUGUGCACCUUUGUUUUGGGAUACCUGCUGCCUCUCACUCUGAUAUCUGUCUGCUAUGCAAAGGUUUUGAACCAUCUGCAUAAAAAGCUGAGGAACAUCUCCAAAAAAUCGGAGCUCUCCAAAAAGAAGACUGCUCAGACAGUCCUGGUGGUGGUGGUGGUCUUCUGUCUGUCCUGGCUGCCUCACCACAUCGUCCACCUGUGGGUGGAGUUCGGCUCCUUCCCCCUGAACCAGGCCUCCUUUGUGUUCAGGAUGGUGGCUCACUGCUUGGCCUACAGCAACUCCUCCGUCAACCCCGUCAUCUACGCCUUCCUGUCCGAGAACUUCAGGAACUCCUACAAGCAGGUGUUCUGGUGCCGGGCGCCCAGCGAGUGUCCCCUGAACGACACCAGAGACCUCCGCAGCAGGAUGGAGACGGCGCCGUCCACCAACAUCAGCGUGACAUACAAAGGUCACGACUCUCAGAUCAGUAAAAUGCUUUGAUGUCACUGAUGACGCUGAGAGUACUUCCUGUGGUCUGUAUGGAGUCUGACUGAUACUGGAGUUGUCAGGUUGAUACCGAUGGCAAUAUUGGAUCGUUUGAAAAAUCCAGUACUGAUACAAUGUCCGAUAUUCUGGCGGCCAUUACGCUGCUGCAGUAAAACCUGCCGAAAACAGCAGUAUCCUUAUUUAGUUCACAGCACCACCACUUUUCAGUUGCUGUUUCAUAAUGUAGUUAUUGUUCAUGUUAGAGGACAUUGUGAAUACUGUUUCACGAGAGGAGGCACAGAUGUGCAGGUGUGUGAGGGACAGUUCGGUCUGAUCUUCGGAAGCAGCUGGAUAAGAAUUUUGUUUUUUUUGUCCUGAGUCUGUAAAUAUUGUAUAUAAAUAUAAUUUCCUGGAGACACGGAUGAGCCAGCAGCCGGUUAGCUUAGCUUAGCAUAGCAUAAAGACUGGAAACAGGUGGAGAAAGCUAGCCUGGCUCUGUCCAAAAAUCUGCCUCCCUGCACCUUGAAAACUCACUGAUCACUAACUCACUAACAUGUUAUACACUGUAUGUUUUUUUUUUCUUCAUGCUGUUCAAUAAGGGGCUGUAAACAAGAUUAUUUCUUGGCUGGGAUCAGUUGCCAGGCAACCAGCGGAGACACCAAACACAAACCACAUAUUGUAAUAUUGGGUAUAUGUGUUGUAUAUGGUAUGAAUUUUGCCCUUUAACUGUUAGUAGUAAAACCAAUAAGCAUUCAAAAAAUGCCGAACUAUUACUCAUUUUUUCAUUCGUACCUUCAAAUGAAUCAUUUUUGUGAGAAAUUCGAAAAACCAAAUGUGGAAAAAUAAAUCUCCAGUGGCCUCUAGUGGACAAACUAUUGGAUGGCAUCAAUAGAACAUGAAAACCCUGUUAAAUUCAGUGCCAACAGUUUUAGAGUUAAUGUUUUUUAUUGUGUCUGUGGAUUUCAUCUAACUCAUGUUUAAGGUUCAGGAACGUUUGUGGUCACAGUGAAUAAAACAGGAGAUAAAGUCAAGUCAGAUGUCGUACACUCCGCAUCCACCACACUGACCUCCACCCCUACGUGAAAGCAAAACUGGAAGUAAGUCCGCUGAUACAUAACAAUUCCUUGAGGCGUAUACAACAGUACUAACACUACAGUAAUAUCAGCCACACUGAUGUAUCAGCCCGUCUCUAAUUCUGAAUUUGUUCAUGACAACACAGUGCCAUAAAGUCAUUUGAAAUCUCAUUUUUAAAGCCACAAAAGCCUGAGUUCAGUCGUGUGUGAGAGCUGUACGCUGUCAGGAUGAAUUUCUCCGUCUGUGAUGUGUUUUCUGGUUUUUCUGGCAGCUGAUUUUCCAAUGAAUUCCCAACCAGUGAAAGUGAAACAGAGUCAAGGACACAUUUUGAAGUAUCUUUUGAAGUAUCUUGUGAAACACAAUCCAUGAAGCAACAGCUCCUCGAGAUGAAAUGAAACUUUUCAAAGUCGCUUUCUGUUUCAAACCAAUACAUUUGAUUUUUUUUUUAACCUUUCAUUCAGGCCUUGUUUGUUACAGCUCGGACCGGGGCCGUUCUCAUGUGAGGAUUGUGUCAUUUGUUUUCUAUAUCUGUGGGCUGAGUUAAUAUGUACAUACUGUGUGUCGGCUCUAUACCAGAGAACAUCAGGUUCAUGCACAGGGUAAAUAAUAAUGCAGCAUUUAAAUGACGUAGCAGAUUACCAGUCUGUCCUCACAGGCAAAAGGUAAAGGUUCACACCUGAGCUACCAGAGACUGUUCACAACAGAAAAACAAAGGGGAUUCUGGGAAGUUGAUUUCUCACUGUCAUUUUGGUCCGUGGUUUUCAGCAGAUUCACUCCUGUUAGAGUCCAUGUCUGCAGGAGAAGAUUUCUCUUCAUUAUGACUCCACCCACACACAGGUGCAUGUUUAAACCUCCUGUCCCCCCAUUUAAGUUAAUGUGAACCUCUGAUUUAAUGUUAUAUUAGAGUUAAUGUCGAAGUGUUUUCAACCGUGCUGAUAUUGUUUUACUAAAAUAAGCAAACAAAUGCAUAAAAAAAAAACAUUUGUGUACAAUU